AUGACAUCAACCCUGGCGACGCGGCAAGGCCUUUUGACGCGCUCAGGAAACCGUCUGUCGACAAUCAUACAGGAAGAGUCCGAAGCCAUCAAUGCCCAAAACGGCAAAUGGCACCGAAGCAAACAAGCUAGAGGCUGCAAUGGAGAAGUUCAGCGAAGCAGUGGACAGCUUGGACAACAAGGCGCAGUCCCAGAGAUUAUUGAAAGGAUUGAAACAAAUGCUACAGGAGCACAAACUCUUCUAGAUAACGCGAACAAAGCGCUGGCAAGGCUAAUUCGACCUCAAGAGGAGGUUGAAUUCGACCAGGAACAAAGCUCGCUUAACAGGUGUGAAGUUCCGGAAAUGAAACUCGCACCAAUCCCAAUUUCAAAAUUCAGCGGAAAACUCUGGGAAUGGGAGACCUGGAAAUCUUUCGAGCACACCGUGAAUUCCAGAAACAUUGACAACCUCUUCAAGUUCAACUACCUUCUUGACGCCCUUGAAGGAGACACAGAAGAAUGUGUGAAGCAUUUCGAGGUCUCGGGAAGCACCUACCAAUUGGUGAUUGAGCAUCUGAAGGAGAAAUAUGGCGACAAAAAGGCUUUGAUUGAUUUUCAACUUUUGAAGAAUUUCCACGGAGCACGCGCCCGAACCGAUAGUCUAGAAGACCAGGAAGCACUUUGCGAGCAACUUCACUCUAUAACUUCGCAACUGACACUCAAAGGGGAACACGUCGACAAUGUUUUCCUGCAAAAGAAGCUGCUUGCGAAGUUCACGGUGGACGUUCAGAGGCAUAUCUUGCGGCAGAAAACGCAGUUGAAGAACGAAGGAAGUUGGAGUGCGGCAGCUUUGCUCUCAGCAGCAAAGGAGCAUAUCAAGACCGAGCUUAAGGUCAACCGCCAAGUUGAACAUAGCCUAGGAAGUGAAAAAAUGGAGAAAACAAAUGCUGGAAAGAAGAAAUAUUUCGACAAAACAGAAGUAGUCCUUCGUGUAGCACCUUGUUUCUACUGCCAAAAAAGCGGACAUCCAGCGAAGGACUGUGACGAAGUCACUUCUCGGGAGCAACGAGUACAAAUAAUGAGAAUGCAGAAUCUCUGCCACAAUUGUGGAGGAAAGGAUCACUGGGCUAAGAAAUGGCCCGAAGGAACUUGCAGAAUCUGCAGACAAGCCGGACACCACACGUCCAUUUGCAAAGAACUCUUCAGCUCUCAGGAAGCCAGUCAAAAGCCUCCACUCCGAGAAGUACCACAGAAGCAGGGAACGAAGCCUCAACUACCCAAGGCCAAGACUUUGAAAAUAAAUACGGUCGCUUCGAAUGACGGAGCCGAUCGAUCGUUCAUCAGUAGCAGUUUGGCUGAGCGCCUCCAGCUGGAAGACGUAGAUUUCAGUCGUCUAAGCAUCGGCACCUUCGGCGCUCACAAGCCUUCCGAAAGGAAUUGUGGUAUCACGGUUCUCCGCAUGUGGGAUGCUGAGGGAGUUCCACAUACGUUCACAGUUACGAAAAUCGAUACCAUUACAAAACCAUUAACAAGAAGCAGACUGAGUCAAGAGGACAAGCAGUUCCUGUUUGAAAACGAUAUUCAUCUCUCCAUCAACCAUACUGUCGAGAAGAUUCAGCCGGAUAUCCUUCUUGGUUGCGCCGAUCUUUUCUCACUCCUCAAGGAUGGACCAGAAGCUCAAACAACUCCAUCCGAAUUGAAAGCAAUCCCCUCGAGACUAGGAUAUCUCAUAUCUGGACGAAGCGGCGAAGAAUUAGUCAACUCGGAAAGUUCGGUAGAAGUGACCCAAACAAUAGCCUUAGAGGACACAGAUAAUGAUUUUGCGCAGACUUGGGAACAGUUCUGUGAAUUUAAGAAGUCCGGAAAACUAUCGAAAAAAAAAGAAGAUGGAUACUAUGUGCGCCUUCCAAGGAAGAAGGAAGCAAGCGGACUUCCGGACAAUAAAUCGAUUGCAUAUCGUCGUCUGCAAGCAAAUCUUUCUGAGCUUAGGAAGGAUCCCAAUCUACUGCAGCAGCACGACGACACGAUAAAGAGUCAACUCAAGCUGGGUAUCAUCAAAGAAGUUGCUGAGGAUUUAAUAGUCGAAGAAGGAGAAGUUGUGCACUACCUAGCACAUCAAGCCGUUGUCACGCCGCACAAAGAAACUACCAAGCUAAGCGUUGUGUUCGAUGCUUCAGCACAUCUAAGCAAUUCCCCGUCGCUGAACGACGUUCUCUAUCAAGAACCAGCUCAUUCUUCCGAAGAUGUGGGACAUCUUGCUCCGUGUGUGUUGCCGCGAGAGGUCGCUCAGAUCGACACGCCAAUAAAGCUUGUGCUGUUCUCAGACGCUAGCGGACCAGCUAUGGCAAUGUGUGCUUACCUUGCUUCCACCCUAGGAAGCAAUUUACUCGCUGGAAAAUCCAAACUUCCACCCACCAAAGACAUCGUGACGAUUCCAAAAUUAGAGCUCAACGCCGCUACAAUGGCUACUCGUGUUGCACACUCAAUCUUUACUGCGAUUCGAUACCGCACAAGGAUCUCAGAAAUAGUCAUCUCGUCUGACUCACAAAUCACUCUCAAAUGGAUCGCAUCGCCUUGCCGAGAAAGAGCAAGAGUAUUUGUUAAGAAUCGUGUAACCAAGAUACGAAAGAUUGUGAAGGACAUUCCAGUCACUGUUCAUUUUGGAUAUGUGAGAACCGCAAUGAAUCCAGCAGACUCGGCAACAAGAGAAGUCGAUAAGGACGACAUGACUGACCAUAUGUGGUGGAAGAGACCAAAGUUUAUCCUGGAUCCAAUAGAGUAA